UGUCAUUGAACAAUAUUAUCUCUGCUAAAAAAAGUAAAAACAACCUGAACAGUAACGUAAGCUCCUCUUUUUUUCAUUGUAUCUGUAUCUCUCAGGCUUUUCUUCUUCGGCUCUCAAUCUCAAACACUACUCCCGGAGCCGCCUCGCUAAACCGUACUCUGCACAAGGUUCUUGGCGGCCGAUUGAAAGGUAUCUUCUUCUCUCUUGUGUAAUUUCAUAAACUGCAGUAUCAAGAUUUGUGGAGCACCACUUGAAUUUGGAAAAGCUCUAUGUAUUAGGCACUAAUUUUGGGUGCAGUGUAGAGAAAGGGUAGAGGAAGAGGAAGAGGAGCAGGCAUGUCGACCCUAAAAGAGAUCCUAACAAGGCGGCCCUUGGCGGCAACUAUCCGGCUGACAGUGCCAGCUGGAGGGGCCCGACCCGCACCACCUGUGGGCCCCGCACUGGGUCAGUAUCGACUGAACCUGAUGGCCUUCUGCAAGGACUUCAAUGCCCGCACUCAAAAGUACAAGCCUGACACCCCUAUGGCAGUCACCAUCACGGCCUUCAAGGACAACACCUUCGAGUUUAUUGUCAAGUCCCCCUCCGUAACCUGGUACCUCAAGAAAGCAGCUGGAAUCGAGUCUGGCAGCUCCCGCCCCAGCCACGUGGUCGCCUCCUCCAUUACCCUCAAGCAUGUCUACGAAAUCGCCAAGAUCAAGCAGUCUGAUCCUUAUUGCCAGUACAUGUCCUUGGAGUCUAUUUCCAAGUCCAUCAUUGGGACUGCAAAUUCUAUGGGGAUCAAGGUUGUCAAGGAUUUGGAUUGACUAUGUUAGACAUUUAUUUUUGACCUUCUAGGGUUUUUCCCUUUCAAUUUUUCUUUAAAAGAUUUGCUUCAGUUGUCAUGUUUUAUUUUUGGUUGAAGUUGAAUGAUUUUCUUUUUGUGCUAAUGAGUAAUGACUUGAUAAUAAGCAAUGGAACUAGUUACUUAAAAAUGAAAAUAUUGAUUGAUAACCUUUGAGGAA